AUGAGCGAGAGCGAGGGGCAAAGUGACCUCAUUGGCAUUUUGGCCUCUUAUUAUUUUUACCUAAAGAUAACCUUCGAAUAUCCCACAUCCUGGCAAACUGUUGGUCUAUUCACUCUUACUAGCGCUCCCCCACCAUCGACCUUGGCCGUACACAGCCACCGAUGCAAACAUCCCCCCAAUUAUUCAUUUGAGCCACACCAUCCCUCUUUAGCCCCGGAUUUGGCACGGAUAGGAUAG